AUGGAAGUAGUCAAAUGUCUGAAGUGGUCUUUUAGAUUUCGGACAGUGACUCUGCCUGUUGAUGUACACUAUAAACGCAAAUUUUCAAGUAGUCAGAGGAAAAGAUUAAUUAAAGAAUUGAAAAAAUUAAAUAUCAGUGCCAGUUACCCGUUGAAAACAAUCGAAGCAGUUGGAUAUCAAAAGUCGGACAUCGAUAAAUUUGAAGACGAAGAAAAUGUGCCAUUUGCUGAGACAUUCACUGGGAAUUGCUGUUGGAAUUUUUUCCCAUGCAGAGAUAAUAAGAAAAUUGGACGACACACGUUUGCAAAGGUCAUAUUUGCGAAAGGCUACGAAACUCUUGAGAAAUAUAUGAAUGGUGAUUUUAUUGAAUCUGAGGAAAUGCUGGCUGUAUCCGCUCUUGAGCGAUUUGUCGAAGAAAAAGAAAUUCAUGAGAGAAGUCUGUCUGCUUUAACAUCUGAUGGAAGCGAUGAAACAGAGGCCAAGUCUAGAGCCCUGCUAACCAAUCAUUUACUGGCUCAACUGUUGCCAACAACUUCUUACUACUUCUUAGAUAAGACAACACCAGGAAUAACAGAUGUCUGUCUCUGUGGAUGUGGAGAGAAUAUUCAACUUGGAACUACAUACAUAGGAAGUCCACGCCUUUUCUAUGGACCAGCUGAUAUUGUUCUUUUCCCAGGCAGUAAUAAUAUGUUCUUUGAGGUUGACAACAGCAAGUGCGCCAUCUUCUCUUGGAAGAAAACAACACCAGAAAACAUGAGAAACUCUAACAAUCAAGAAAACAAUAAUUAUGAGAAAAACAAAUCUAUGACCGACUUGGUGGAAAGCCAUGCAUCUUUGAACAAUGUGAAUAAACUAUACAAGCAGGCCAUAGCAUUAUCAAUUUACAAAUACAAGGGGAUGACUAUAAAUAAGGAAUUUAUAUCACAUGAUUCUUUGGAAACAUCAAUGAUUCCAGUUUGUGCCAUUAAUGGAACUUCAUAUGAUGUUGUAUUGUAUGACGCUCAAAAUGAUUUCUUACUAAAAAUGGAUUCUGAUGGUUCAAAGCUAUUUGAUGAUAACAGAUUGAAAUUCUCUGCCAUUUUGGACUUAUGGUUUGUCAUUCACCAUCAUUUAUUUUGUUCAAUGCCCCCAGGAGAAGUUGUCGCCGAUCUUAAGAAUACCUGUGGACUUAUUCCUCGUCUUGGAGAGGAGAGGUUUGCAUCCAUUGUGAAAACCUCUGAGUGGGCCAGUCUUAUAAUUCCAGAUGACAAGACUAAUCACUCCCAGUUAUAUACUUUGUAUAAUUCAAGACCUGCAGGUGGAAAAAUACCUUCAAAUUUGUUGAAUUGAAUGAUUGUUAGUGUUCAGUAAUAUUUAAUUACAUGAGUACAUAAAUCAAAUAAUUAAA